AUGUGGUAAGUGAUUUAUUUUAGAAGUUGUUUGAUGUAUUCUCUUGUUAGUAAAGGCUACUUAUCAUUUUAGGCACUGACUGAAAUCUCAGAUGGAAAAUAAGGUAUUAUUUCACUAGUGGAAAUUUUGAAGCCAGUCUUGGUCCAAAUCACACAAAGAAUACAGAAAACGGCUUAAAAUUCAAACCUUUUACAAGUCAAUAAUUGUCUAUUUGGCAGAAUUUGUCAAAUGCAAGAUAUUAUAUACUCUAUUAAUUCCUCCCUUUGUUUUGUAGGCGAUCUACAGGCAUGAAAUCACGUUUUCUGAAGCCUGGCCCCAGGUACACCCAACCCGAUUGGUCCUUCAACAACAAUCUGGUCACCAAAAAGUCUGAGCUGCAGAGGGCUUUAGCCUAUCAGAUCAACCAGGAUCUUCACUGUGCACGUGGAGAUGCUACCACUCAGGUAACACAUUGUGUCCCCCAGCUUUUUUAGAGGAACCCUACUGCUCUCUUUUCAGUGUAUGGGAAUAAACCCCUGCACACCUCACGAUCUGGGGGUGAAAUCUCAGAUCUGAGGGUUGUGCUGACAAAACAUCAGAUCCAGUCUAUAUUAGGCUUAAAACAAUGCUGAACUAGCAAUAUAUAAUGAAAUUCAUUGACUCUCCACUGGAAUGCAAUGUCCUCUUUUCCACCUGUUGGUUUAGAUCCGCUGGGCCACCUGGAGCACCAAGGACCACCUGACCAACCGCGUAGAGGAGCUGGGGCACUGGCAGAGCCAAUCAGCUGACAGCAUCGGCAGAGUAGACCAGGAGAUGGCAGCCUUAGUGAAGGUAGAGUGGAGUCAGGGUGUAUGCAGGGCCAGGGAGAACAGUUGGGACACUCGAGACACACUGCACUGCUGCGUUUACACAGGCAGCCCAAUUCUGAUCUUUUUUUCCACUAAUUGGUCUUUUGACCAAUCACAUCAGAUCUUUUCACAUCAGAUCUUUUUCAGAGCUGAUCUGAUUGGACUAAACACCUGUCUAAACGCAGCCAUAGAGAUGCAACCAACAUCUGAGAAUGUUCAGAUUUCAAUGUGUUGUGUAGAACCAGGUGAUUGGUGAUCAUGUAGGAAUAGGGAAUCUGGUCCACAGAUACUACAUUCCCAUGACUGUAAAUUACUCUCUCUUGUCGUGUGUGUGAUUUAAACUGGAUGUUUCCAGGUGAAGGCGAUCGCUGAGCGCUGUCUGCAGGAGAAGGUCCUGUACAGGCAGGUGCUGAGGGAGUGUGUGGCGCUCCGAGACGGCCGGACGGCGGCGGAGCUGGUCCAUGACGACGUGGAGGCUGAGCUGAAGCGGGAGGUGGAACUGGCUGAGGAGAUCAUCCACCUGAUUCAGCAGAAGAUCCACCUGGUCCUGGACAACCUCUGGUCAGAGACUGGCCCUAUUCCCUAUGUAGUACAUUACUUUUGACCUGGGUCCAUAGGCUGCUGUUGUGAGUCUUGGAUAGUAAAAGGCACUUGUCUCGUUUUUUGCGCAAAUAUUCCAAUGACAUUAAUUAAUUAUUUGCAGAUUGUAAAGUCUUUAUCUCAACUGUCUCAAAUCAGUCCCAUAGGCAUACCUAGAUUGCUAUCUAUGGCUGCGUUUACACAGACAGCCCAAAUGAUAUUUUGCCAAAUUAUUGGCUACCUGUGUAAACGCAGCCAUUGAGUCUGCAAAUUGUUCACCUAAUCUGACUGUAUAUGAAUGCAUUAUGUCCUCACUCUACCUGUAGGUCUCUGAAGGACGUGCGUACCCAGCUGAUGGCCGACCACAGGGACAAGGGAGAAGCUGUGAAGCUCAACAAACACUGUCUGACCUUUGACCUCCAGUCACCCAACCUGGGCUACAAAUACCAACCCUGCCACAUCGUCAAGGGGUGAGUUAAUCAAUCAAUCAAUCAAUCAAUCAAUCAAUCAAUGGGCGUAAACAUCUGCCCCCCGGGUCAUAGUUUCCUACCUAAAGCUUUUUAGUCUAGUUGGAGGUGAAAAGAAAAGCCGGAAAGUUUCACUACUUUAGCUAUUUAUUUGAUAAACCCUCUCUCCAUCUUACCCAGAACCCUGACCUAUGAUCAGUGGGUUGCUUACUGCAAAAGACUGAAGCAGACAGCAGAGAAACUGGUCCUGGACUGCUCUUACUUCCGUGGAAAUCUGCAGUAUACCCUCUCCAAGGUAUAGUACAGGGUGGAACAUCGUUUUGCAUGCUCGUCCUUAUAUUGACUGUAUGUAAAUGCAUUCAACAACGUUAUAUCAGUGCCUUAUUUGGAAAGAGAUUGACUGAAGGACUGGCACAGACUCUGUUUAUGUUUGCCAUACAUAUCUGGCUAUCUGAUAAAUGUAUGUGUCAUUCCUGUAUGUCUGAGUCACUGUGUGUAUCCUGUUGGUGGAGUAGCUGAUGAAUGCUCUGGAGACCCAGCGCUGUGCCUCUGACUUCUGCCUGAGGAAGAGGCUGAAUGAGCUGAGCCGUGCCAGGGAUGCCCUAGAGUGGGAGAAACAGCAGGUUAGUGUUCAGCUGUCCUGGUCCUAGCCAUGUUGCUCAUUCAUCUGCCGUGCAGUUGGGACCUGCCUUGUGAUCACUUGGCAUUUCUGACAAUAUUCACACUGUUGUGAAACGUGGUAUGGAAUUAUGCAAAACACACUGUAGAAAAUGAUAGUCAUAGUUUAUCAAUGUAAACAAUUCAUAAUUUCUAUUGUGCUUAGUAAAUAGUGAUACUAAUGAAAUAAGUUGACUGACCUGUAACUGACCUUUUAACCUGUCCCCAGUUGAAGGAGACAGUGGUGGACCUGGUCAAGGAGAUGCAGAAGGUGGAGAGACAGAUCAUGAACUCUGGCUCUGAGCAGCAGCUGGCCCACACCCGGCUGGACAUCCUGGCCCAGAGGGCCAACUACGAGCUCUGCAUGGACCAGGUCUGGCUGGCUGGCUAGUCUGUCUGUCUGUCUAGUAUAUGUGUCUGUCACCUGCCUUCUCUCAUCCUAAAAUAGUUUAAUGUUAACAAUACAAUGUUCAUUGUUUGUUGUCAGUGUGUAUGAGUGGCUGCCCUAACCCAGUGCUACCCCUCCAGCCCCACAUUGCUCUUCUGAAGGAGAACAAGAACCUGAGGAAGAACACCUUCGGCCUGCAGAAUAAACUCCUCCUCUCUCAGUGAGUUAUCCCUCACAGUAGUGAAGAUGACAAAUUCAUCUGCUAAAACAUACCUUCUCUGGAACUAACAGAGCAUGAACAUAUGACACCUAACUAUUCUAUGACAGCAAUAUUGCCUCCUUGUGGUUAUGGGUAUGAAAGACAUUGGGAUAAUUGUCUUGACUACAUCAACAACAUAACACACUUAAAUGCUUGAUAACUGACUAUUAUCUAUCUCUAACCUGAUAUACAGGAAGACCCUGGAGUCCAUGCAUAUGACCCUAUUCACCCUGGGGUACAAGCUGGAGGCUAAGAGCCGGGCUUUGGACAUCGACAGGAGGUGCCAGGAGGUCCGUCAGAGUCUCCUGCCCCUGCGUGGAAGCACCGUGGUCACCGCCAACACUUCAGCACAGGAACCCCUGGCCCUGCUCUCUCCUCUCAGCUCCCCCAGCUCCUUUCGGAAUUAG